AUGUCAGAUUCGAACACGGAUGGUCGUCUUGACCAAGCACUCGACGGCGUAUCCCAAACGCCGUCAGAAUCCCAGCAGGCGGAGGUACCUUUCAAUUCCAUGACCAGUGGACUGCGUGGCAAGAAUGGACCCAAACAAUCCCACAAAGUCAAAUUUAAUAUGGCUGAUGGUGAAGGGGCCCAUGAUGGACAACCACAUACCCAGACUCGAGACGCUCCAGGCAAUCAAAUACCUGAGAUACGAGAACCUGCGUCGGAAGACGUGGGAGACCAUACCCUGACUCCGCCAGACUGGGAAGGGAGAACACACGCUGCCGCUGCUCAUGCCCUGACUCGUGCCAGUCGACUAGCGAACAGGCUGAGUACUACUGGCAUGCCAACAAAGGCCGGCUCCGGAUCCAAUACGCCUAUUUAUACGCCUACGAGAGAUUAUGCAUCUCCUGAUACCUCCCCAAAGUCCAAGCCCCUGAAGGACUGGAUCGUUAACAUGAAUGACAUCCCUCUGGUGAAUCUCGACAAGGAGAAGAGACCAUACAGUUUCCACGACGAUACGACCGACGAUGACACCGAUGUCGACGAGCCGAAGCACCUGAAACGCGAAGAUGAGAAUUUCGAAGAAGCGAGGCGGAUAUUUAGGACCUUGACCAGUGGUCACAGUUUGUCAAGAUUACAAGAACAAUCAAGGUCCGGAACAGCAACCCCUGCAAUCGACAAGCGCCUUCACGACGUAGAUUAUGUACCUGCACCGGACGAGUAUCGACCUGGGAUCUUUGGUGCCAUCCUUUCAUCGAAACUGGCCAAUCUGCAGCGGAAUGGAAAUAUCCUGCCCCUCCAUCAUCAUGAGGACGGCUGGUCUAAAGACCACCACAAACCGAACCACAAAGACCCUCACUCCAAGGGCAACUCAAGAUCAAACUCAGAAACCUUGAACUCUUCAGGACAAUCAUCUGGGCGUGCUACGCCGUCGAAAAGACCAAAGUGGUACGAUGGAGACACUCAUUCGACAGGAUCCAUGGCAACCUUAUUGGCUCAAGCUUCAAUUACUUCCACUGCUGCAGCUGCACCGGGAACCAGUGGAUAUGUUCCUCGGCCGCAUCCGCCAAGGGCAAAGUCGUCGAACAGCAUGAUCGCAACGGCAGUGGAUAUGAUCAAGCACCCUGGUAACCAUUUCCACAGCCACUCUGAAAAGAUUCACCAAUCAGAAGAAGAACGAGUGAUACACGACGUAGCUGAGAUAAUUGCGUGUCGAAAAUAUCUGAAGAAGUUGGCUCGGUCCUUGAUGGCGGUCGGUGCACCCUCCCAUCGCCUCGAAGAAUACAUGAAGACAUCGGCGCGAGCGCUCAAUAUCGAUGGCGACUUCCUCUACCUCCCUGGGUCUAUGCUUGUAUCUAUCAAUGACAAACUCACCAUGAGCACAGAGGUAACACUGGUGAGAGAAUCCCAGAGUGUUGACCUGGGGAAAUUCAAGGACGUGUUCUCUGUCUACAAGUGUGUCAUCCAUGGCAAAUAUACGGCCCGAGAAGGCACAGGCGAGCUCGAGUCCAUUAUGAAGAAGCCGCAACGGCACAGUACUCUGUUCCGAAUUUUCGCCUACGGACUCGCCGCCGUUGCUGUCGGACCAUUCGCUUUCUCGUCGCGGCCCGUCGACUUUGGACCAAGUUUCAUUCUCGGCUGCCUGCUUGGAUUCCUACAGCUUGUCGUUGUGACUCGGUCGCAACAGUUUUCUCAUGUUUUUGAGGUUCUUGCUACUGUGAUCAUUGCUUUUGUGGCCCGCGGUCUGGGCUCGAUAUACCAUAAUGGCACACCCGUCUUCUGCUUCUCUGCCAUUGCGCAAAGCAGUAUCGCCCUGAUACUGCCGGGCUAUACGGUGCUCUGUGCAGCGCUCGAACUACAAAGCAAGAGUAUGGUGGCUGGGUCGGUAAGGAUGGUGUAUGCUAUCAUAUAUUCCCUCUUCCUUGGGUUUGGCAUAUUGAUUGGGAGUGUCAUAAUGGGUUUGAUCUACCCUGGCGCCCAAAGCGAAGUGACUUGCGACAUACCCGCGUGGUGGAGUAGCGACAACCUCGACUAUAAGUUAAUAUACGUCAAGUUCGUCUGGGUCCCCAUCUUUGCCGUCUGUCUGGCCGUCAUCAAUCAAGCCAAGUGGCGUCAGGUCCCUGUCAUGACACUGAUCGCCUUCGCCGGGUAUCAAGCGAACUUCUGGGUCUCUACCCGCAUCGCCAACAACAUCCAAGUAUCAAACGCCAUCGGAGCGUUCGUGAUCGGCUGCAUGGCGAACCUGUAUAGUCGGUUUUUCCACGGCCUGGCAGCCGCGGCAAUGUUGCCUUCUAUCUUCGUCCAAGUGCCGAGUGGCUUGGCGGCGAGCGGAAGCUUGGUGGCGGGCAUUACUAGUGCCAACCAGAUCAGUGGGAAUGCGACGGGGGUCAGUGUUAUCAAUAACGGCACAGCGGGCUUUUUGAGUGCGCAGGACGGAGCAAGCGGUGCGAAUGUCUAUUCUGGUACGAUAUUCAAUGUUGGGUAUGGCAUGGUGCAAGUGGCGAUUGGCAUCAGCGUUGGGCUAUACUUGAGCGCCCUCGUUGUGUAUCCUAUUGGAAAGAGGAGGAGUGGCUUGUUUAGUUUUUAA